UUACAACAGUGGAAAAAAUAAGGAAGUACACUUUUUCAAGUGUACAAACGCUGACAACCUUUUAACUCAUAGCAGAGGACAGCAGAAGAGAACAAGUCAUGCUCAUCAGAAAUCUGCUGCACAGAGCCAUCCGUGAUGGCACGAUCCUGCUAAGAAACCGUCAGAGAUGCUCUACAGCAUGGAGAACCAUUCACCACUGCUCGGCUUUAGUUUACAGAGAACACUCACAUAACAUCGAUACUGUAAGGAUGGAGCAGCUGCCGUUGCCUGCAGUAGGUGAUCAUUCUGUGAGGGUCCGCAUGCUCGCAGCACCUGUCAAUCCUGCAGACAUGAACAUGAUCCAGGGCUCGUAUCCGAUCUUGUGCCCUCUCCCAGCAGUGGGGGGGAAUGAGGGGGUGGGAGAAGUGAUAGAGGUGGGCAGAGAAGUCACAUCCCUCAGACCUGGUGAUUGGGUCAUGCCCAUAUAUGCUGGGUUUGGUACAUGGAGGACAGGCGCCGUGUGUGAAGAGGAUGAGCUCAUCUCUGUUCCUAAAGACAUCUCUAUUUUGGGGGCUGCCACCAUCUUCGUGAAUCCCUGCACUGCGUACAGGAUGCUGCACGACUUUCAAACACUCACCCCUGGUUGUACAGUGAUUCAGAAUGCUUCUAACAGUGCAGUGGGACAGGCUGUGAUUCAAAUCGCUGCAGCACUGGGCCUGAAAACCAUCAACAUCAUCAGAGACAGACCAAACUGUGCUGAGCUGAUCGAUGAGCUUCAGUCACUGGGAGCUGAUUAUGUGCUGACAGAAGAGGAAGUGAUGUCAACAGGGCUUCAUUGGGUCUUUGAGGAGGUUCCCAAACCUAAACUGGGCUUGAACUGUGUAGGAGGCUUGAGCGGAGGACUUGUGUUGUCUAAUCUUGACUAUGGAGGCACAAUGGUCACAUAUGGAGGGAUGGCCAAAAGGCCCCUCCAGAUCCCCGCAAAAUCCUUUAUAUUCCACAAUGUGACUCUGAAGGGCUUCUGGUUGACACAGUGGAAAAGAGAACACAGAGAAGAUAAAGUCCAGCUGAAGGCCAUGUUGGAUGCUGUGUGUGACCUCAUGAGAGGUGGACAGCUGUCUGCGCCACACUGCGAUCAGACACCAUUUCAUCAGUACACACACGCAUUACAAGCCACUAUGCAAUCACACUGCCGCAAGCACGUUCUUAUCAUGUAGAAAACAAAAACGGCAUGUUCUUUGAAACAAAUGUUUACAGCUGAAUACAUUUGUUCACAUUAUUGACACAAAACAUGGGACUGUAACACUAUAAAUGUAAGUGGUCAGGUAUGAACAUGCACAAUUCAAUCCUCUCCUCCGAAACUAACAGGCAGUUUAAUUUACAUUACACAAGCAUGUAUUAGAAAUGAUCAAGUUUAGUACAAAUAUGUUUAGUAUGCACAUUUUAUUUAUAUUGCGCAAAAUCGUGCAUAAUUUUAAUGUUUAAUUUGGUAGCAAUAUUACAAACAAUCUGCAUUAUUCUUGUUUACAUGAAUGUAAUGGCUGUCUGUAGGUCAGUGCUGGGCAUUUGGAAAACAGCACGUGUCCGAAGAA